GUUAUACAGAUGGAUUAACCAGAAGAAGAAGAAGAAGAAACGAAAAAAAGUGUCCUGUUCCUGAAAGCUGCAACUUUUGUAAGCAGAUGCACAAGACCCAGAAAACAUCCCAAAAGCACCCCACGUGCUUUUCUAUUUUAAUGUCUUUUGAGAUCCAAACCAACCACGCAAAGCAAAUUGAGAAAAGACAGACCCAAGUUGGGGGUCAACAGCUGGACAAUGCUAAGUUCUCUUGCUCCCAAUAAAUAAUCACUUCAUUCACUACUUUUCCUGCGCUGCCUCUUUUCAUUCUUUCCAUCUAUCGACGAAAUGUCUCGUUUUCCAGGAGAGCUGCUUCGUGCGGGGAUAUUCAUCUCCUGCUUUGUGUUUGUGCUGUCAUCAUCUCGUAAUGUAAAUUACACACCUUCAAACCUCACUCACUUGACCGAUCUCUUUCCUCAUCGGACGUUCGCCCAAGGGUUCUCUGAGUUUUUCGGAGGCCCAAAUAUUCAACUCACCAACAACGGAUCCUACGUCAAUCUCAUGCUCAACAAAUCUUCUGGCUCCGGAUUCGUCUCUCGAGACAGAUACAAGUACGGAUUCUUCAGUACAGCCAUCAAGCUGCCCUCCGGUUACACCUCCGGCGUCGUCGUCGCCUUCUAUAUGUCAAAUGCAGAUAAUUUCCCUCACACCCAUGAUGAGAUCGACUUUGAGUUGCUGGGUCAUGAAAAGAGAAAAGAGUGGAUCCUGCAAACAAAUCUCUAUGGCAAUGGCAGUACCGGCACGGGAAGAGAAGAGAAGUUUCGCCUCUGGUUCGACCCUACAGAAGAGUUCCAUCAAUACAGCAUCAUUUGGAACGACUACCACAUAGUGUUUCUGGUUGACAACAUACCGGUAAGAGAGGUGAACCACAGCCAAGCUAUCUCUUCAAUUUAUCCAUCAAAGGCCAUGUCGGUGUAUGCAACAAUUUGGGACGGGUCACAGUGGGCGACUCACGGUGGAAAAUACCCAGUGAAUUACAAGUUUGAACCGUUUGUUGCUUCGUUUGGGGAGAUGGAGAUGGAGGGCUGCAUAUUGGACCCAACAACAUCAGUGGCUUCGUGCCCAGAGAGUGGUCUGAGCAUCGACCCGGUUCAAGGUGAAGCCUUCGCAAAGCUGUCACAGCAACAGAAUAUGGGGAUGGAGUGGGCCAGAAAGAGGUUCAUGUUCUACUCAUACUGCAAAGAUGCAGCCAGAUUCAAAGUCCUACCACCAGAAUGCAAUGGAGCAAAAUGACCUGGGAUUGAAGAGAUAUGACCAUGACAUCAACUACUUAGACAACGAUAUUAAUUAUUCCAUUCCAAAGGGGGGCCAUCACAUUGUGUCUCUACAGCUUACUUGUGUUUGCCCCGAAAAGGGAAUUCUCCCAUUUUUUUUAUAGAUAGAAGAGAUAUAAGAAAGUAAUUAAUUAGAAACAGAUACGUAGCAAUGUAGCAUGUGUGAGAGAGAGGGAGAGAGAGAGUUCUAUUAAUUUGUACCAUCAGAAGAAAAUUUGCACAAUUGCAUGGAUUUAUUAUGUAUAAUGCAUA